AUGAGUUUCACAAUUGAAACACUACUGAAAACAGAUAAUUUAUCUUUUAAUGAUCUAAAUGACCUCGAUCAAGAAUCCGUUAAUUCUGACAUUAAACAAGAAGACAAUGAUGUACGAAAAUACCAAUCACAUCGUCGUUCUCAUCAUAGAAAACGCAAUUCUGAGUCAACGUUCCAAAAACAAACCGAUUUAUCAUUAUCAUCACUGGAUAACUCGAAUGAAAUGAAUUCUGCCUCUAAUUCAUCUCCAGCUAGCCUCCUUUCCCCACAAACAACUCAUUUAGACAAUCAUCAAGACGUACUUUUAUCUUCUAGCCCAUUUCAUCAUUUCUCUUCACAACAGCCAAUAUUAUCGCCCUCCUCUUCCUCUACAUCAUCAUCUUCAUCAUUAUUAAGUACUUUCUCGAGUCCAUCUCAUUCAAUUACAAUGCACAACAAUAACAUAUCACCAGUUACCAAUGAAAACUUGAAUAUGGUCACUGAAUAUGAUCGCAAGUCUAAUGUAAAUAUUAAACAUCAUCAUCAUCAUGAUCAUCAUCAACAAAACAAUUCCAAGACUGAAUGUUUAAAUCCUUGUAAUAUUCAAAAUGAUCAGAGUUCGACAAAAGCAAUUACAUCAACUAACACUACCAUUACUACUACCAGUAGUAGUUGUGGUAGUAAGAAUUUAAAUGAAAAAUCAAUAAAUUAUCUUCAUUCGAAAUCUAACAAUAAGUUUUCAUUUAAUUUAAAUAAUCAUUCUGAUCACUACCACCACCACCAUCAUCAUAUGAGUUCAAAAUACACAAUGAGACCAAGACGUUUAAGAACAACAUUUACUACAUAUCAAUUACAUACAUUAGAAACUUCAUUUCUACUUAACCAAUAUCCAGAUGUCGCAGCACGUGAUCAAUUGGCAAGUCAGUUGAAUUUGUCAGAUGGUCGUGUACAGGUUUGGUUUCAAAAUCGUCGAGCUAAAUAUCGUAAAUACGAACGAUCACAUAGCCGUAAUAAUAUGAAUGUUGACAAUAAUAAUGAUAAUAACAGUCAUAGUAGUAUGGAAACAAAUCAACAGCAACUUAACCUAUUGUCUGAUACUCAAACAAUAUUGAAUUCAUUCAACGCUUAUACAUCAGCUUUGCAAAAUUUAAUUCCUAAAAACAAUGCAGAUAACAAUUCGACUGUAUUGUUUUCAGCUAACAACUUAUCGCCUGUUACACUGACAGCAGAUACUACUUCAAAUGUUUCACAAGAAGAAGUUCAACUGAAAACCAAAUCAUUAUUAAAUUUGACCACUGGGAUAGAUACAAAGGAAACAUUCACACAUACAUUGAUUAAUUCAUUGUCUUCUACAGAUACAACUGUAAAAUUGAAUCCUAGAAUUGAUUAUUCUACAUUGUUAAGUUCCAAAGACUUAGCUACAAUUCUAAUUGGAUUCAAUUGUAAUCAAAUACCAUUUCAAAUGAAAUAA